AUGUGGGGCGGCUCUAUGGCCGAUGGUGGGGCGGCUCUGGGCCGCAUGUGGGGCGGCUUCUUUGGGGCCGCAUGUGUGGGGCGCCCUGGGCGCAUGUGGGGCGGCUGUAUGCGUAUGUGGGGCCGGCUCUAUGCCGCUGUGGGGCGGCUCUUGGGGGCCGCAUGCUGGGGCGGCUAUGGGCUUGGGCGGCUGUGGGGCGCUCUGGGAUGUGGGGCGCUUCUGGGCUGGGUUCUACAUAAUUUCGGGAACAGAGUACAAAAAAGUGGCUUGUUGGAGGUUUUAGUGAGGGACCGAUGGCACAAAGUUUUGGCCAACUUGAACGAAGAAGCUCUAACGUUGAGUUGCGAGGACCUGGGAGAGAAUGUGACCCUAAACGGCAUCACCAAUGGAUCUUACGGGUGCAACGCAACUCACUCGGAUCACACAAACAGUCCGAAAACUGCGGCGAGGACAGCUUUCACGGAUUUACAGGAGCAAGUCCCAGAGGCGAUCGCCAACAGAAAAAGAUGUGUGAAAGUAAUAAAGCAAGAGGUAGGAGGACUCGGCAUCAGCAUAAAGGGAAAAGAGAAUAAAAUGCCGAUACUUAUUAGUAAGAUCUUCAGUCUGGCUGCGGAUCAAACCCAAGCCUUAUAUGGUGACGCGAUUCUAUCGGUGAACGGCGUGAACCUGCGGGACGCCACGCAUGACGAGGCGGUGCAGGGGCUCAAACGAGCCGGGAGAGAGGUGACGCUAGAAGUGAAGUACAUGAGAGAAGCACCCUAUGUGAAGAAGGGUUCUCCUGUGUCAGAGAUAGGCUGGGAGACCCCACCUGAGUCUCCGAGGCUGGGUAGCCCCCACUGUGACGUCCCCAUCACCCCCACCAUGUCCCCUACAGGGGGACAGGAGGUACAUCCCUUAAAGAUGUGUUACGUCACCAGGAGCAUGACUUCUCCAGACCCUGAAUCCAGGCAGYUAGAGCUGCACUCUCCGGACGCCAAGCAUACUGUGGUGUUACGGUGUACAGACACAGCCUCGGCCCAGGCCUGGUUCGAGGUCAUGCAGUCGGCGACCUCUAACCUCAUCAACAAGGUCAUCACAGAGGUCAAAGAGCACACGAGAACAGGAAUCGCAGGGAGCAGAGAGAUCAGACACCUGGGCUGGCUGGCUGAGAAGGUGUGAGCUACUCCGUACUUU